AUGUAUGCUUCUGCACUUGGGGGCCCCCCAUUAGGGCUCUUGCUGCGCCGAGGCUUCACAUCAGCAGCAGACAAGGGGCCCCCCGGGGGCCCCUAUAGGAAGGUUCGAGGGGGCCCCUAUAGGAAACCCCCCCUUAUAUCUUUUUAUUUCAUCAGGGGCAUACGAACAAACCUUCUUAAGGAUAUCCCAGGGGGCCCCCUGGCUUCGGGGCCCCUAGAGGGUUCACUUGUUCAUAGGGGCCCCCUCAUUUGGGGGCCCCCUAAGGACCCCCUCAAUUGGGGCUUCCUUGGGGGCCCCCUUAAUUGGGGCCCCCAAUUGUGGGGCCCCCUCAGUGGGGGCCCCCAGGGGGUCCCCCUGGGUUCGGGGGCCCUAGAGGUCCCCCUCAGAUGGGGCCCCCAGGGGGGCCCCCUCAGUUGGGGGCCCUUUAAGGGCCCCUUCAGUUGUGGGGCCCCUGGGGGCUCCCUGGGUGGGGGGCCCCCUGGGGGCCCCCUGGGUUGGGGGGCCCCUGGGGGCCCCUUGGUUUGGGGGGCCCCUGGGGGCCCCCUGCGAGGGUUUGCUUCGAUGAUGGAUUUGCACCCGUUGGGAAAGAAGAAGGAGCUGCGAGUAUUGCUGCGGCUGCCGUAUUCAUCAGUGCUGCGUCUCUGCGGUGUAUCGACAGCUGCAAGUUUAAAGACUUUUAGAUGGAGAGACACCGCAGGGGGAGCCUAUGAAACUAACAACAAAAAAAAUAUUUUAAUUGAUUUUCAUGCUGCUGCGCAUGCAGCAAAGCGCUGCGGCCUUAAACCUCUUCUCCUAGACCCAGAACCCCACUGGCUAACCCCGCAGCAGCAGCAGCAGCAGCAGCAGCAGCAACAACAACAGCAGCAGCAGCAGCAGCAACAGGAAGCGGUGCCGGUAGUUGCAUUAAUAGGAGCAGCAAAUAAAGGCAAGACAUCUCUCUUCGACAGACUUGCUGCAGCAUUUCUUGCGCCCUUAGAACCAGGAGGAGCUACACAGCAGCUGCUAGGGGCUACUAUUGAGUAUCAACCAACAAGCAGCAGCAGCAGCAGCAGUGUGAGCAAGAGCAGCAGCAGACGCAACAGCAGCAGGAGCAGGAAUUCCAGCAGCAGCAGCUGCUGCAGCAGCAAACCUGUGUUUUUUUCUUUUAUUGAUUCACCUGGACAUGAAGCAUUGAGCUGCAUGCGGAAACGUGCAGCAGCAGCAGCAGACGUAGCGGUGGUGGUGCUGGAUGUUGAUGAUCAGCAGCAGCAGCAGCAGCAGCAGCAGGAAGAACUCAUUCAAGAAGUUGCUGCAUGCGGUCUACCCAUUGUUUUUGUUCUUAAUAAAAUAGACAAACUCCUCCCCAGCAGCAGCAGCAGCAGCAGCAGCAGCGUGAGAGCUGCUCUACAACGUGUUGCUGCUGCAGACGAGGAAUUGCUGCGUGUGAAUGCUGAGUCGGGUGCAGCAGCAGCAGCAGAAGCAGCAACAGCAGCAACAGCAAAGGCAAAAGCAGCAGCAGCAUCAGCAGCAGCAUCUGGGGAUAUAGAAAUUGCUGCUGCUGCUCAGCAGCUGCUGCUGCAGCGCAUGCAGCUAAGGCGUACAUGUCAGCGAUUGCUUGAACAACAAAAAAUUAAACAUGAUAUAACUGCUGCUGCGCUGGAGGCAGUCGCAGCGUCUGCCCUCUACGGCUCCGGGGUAGAGUGUUUGUUAGAGAAACUUCGUUCAGUUGUCUCUUCACUGCACCUUCCUCUAACAACCCCCACCUCUUUCUGUACAACCCCAGGCUCAGCAGCCAGAUACCGGCACGUGCAGCGGCGUUCAGACUGUCUCCAAGGAGCAGAGCUGUCUCCUUCUGGGAUUGCUGUUAUCAUCGACAUACAAAAGACUGCAGCAAGAGGGAUUAUUUACACUGUGCUGCUCAAACAAGGAAGCCUCUUAAAAGGAAAUUAUUUUGUGGCUGGGGGUUUGUAUGGGCGUGUUGCUGCUGUGUGGAGAUACAGCAGCAAAUAUAGAGAAGCCCCUUAUGACAUAUCUUCUUCUUCUCUUGCUGCUGCUUCGAUUGGUGAAGAGACAGCUGCUGCAGGCGUCUCCUUUGCUGUGGGGUCUGUGCUGCAGCUGACAGCAGCAGCAGCAGAAAGAGCAGGAGAAGCAGCAAUUGAUGAUGUGUUGCUGUGUCUUCCUAAAGAGAGGGCUUAUAGACUAGCAAAGUAUAGACAAAGCCUUGAGCUGCAGCAGCAGCAGCAAAUUGGGGGUUUGCUGCUGCAGCUUCCCUGGGAGACAGACCACCCGAUGGAGGAAGGCAGCAGAAUGCUGCUGCUGCAGCAGCAGCACCAGCAGCAACGCCGCCCUGUAUCUCAAGGCCGCAGAGCUAUUGAGGAGUUCGGCAUUCCUAAUGAACAAACCAGCAGCAGCAGCAGCAGCAGCAGCAGCAGUUUGUUUACAAGUGCUACUCGAGCUGACUUCUUGAGGCCUAUGCGUAGCUUGCCGCUGCAGCAUAGCUGCACAGACACCCCAACAGCAGCAGGGGAGGAGACGUCUCCAGUCGAUCCCCACCCCACAGCAAACAAAUUCCUUUUAGAUGAAUUAACGCUAUUAAAAGCGCAGCAGCAGCAGCAGCAGCAGCAGCAGCAGCAGCAGCAAAGCAUACAAUUCGAAGAUCAGCAGACAAUUCUCAUCACACCCGAAGAAAUGGAAGGCGAGGAAGAAGCAGAAGAAGACGAACUGCAGCAGCAGCAGCAGCAGCAGCAGCAGCAGCAGCAGCAAGAACAGCAGCAGCAGCAUCAGGUCGAGGGUGAAGACACACAAAAAACGCAAUUAGGCCGCCGGCGGCGACAGCAGCAGCUGAGCAGCAGCAGCAGCAGCGACGAUGAGACAGCAGCAGCAGCAGCAACAACAACAGCAGCAGCAGCAGCAGCAGCAGCAGCAAAUGUGCAUGCGUUUGAGAGUUUUGAGGAUUGGGAGGAGAGAGUAAAGAGAGAAAAUGAAGCACUGAUGAGUCGCUGGCGAGCAGCAUCGAGACAGAGAAAGGAAGCGCAUGCACAGCAGCAGCAGCUGCAGCGGAUUGCUGCAGUUGAAGAAGAGCAGCAAAGAAGAGCAGCACUUAACGAACCCCCUUUAACGCAAGAAGAAAUAAAACAAAUAAUCUUCGGAGACCAACAGCAAAAUGCAAAACUGCAGCAGCAGCAGCAGCAGCAAACACAGAAGACAGUUCCUGCGCCGCCCAAAGACGCGCCUGUAGUUCCUAUCAUUCUACGGACGCAGUAUUUGAGUGUAUUUGAUAUGCUGCUAGACGAAUUCGAAAAAAUCGAGAUUGAGACGGGGAUGCGUCUUCCUGUAGUGCACGGAGGCAUCGGGCCUGUGAUACCUCGAGAUAUUGUGCAUGCAGAAAUAGAAAGGGUGUACGGGUAUUGCCCGGUGUACGCGUUGCAGGUGUCAGUGCUUCCAGAUGCAGUAAAACAGGCAGUGGCUAAAGACAUUUCUUGA